AUGGCCUUCAAGACGUUAAUCACAUUCGGAUUCCUGGCCGCGACCGCGCUGGGCGUGUAUCCCUUGGCGCGACAAGAUGAUGAGCCCUCACUUCCUGACCGUCAGCCAUUUGGAUUCGCAGAGCAAGUUACCGGUGGCGGGAAUGGCACAGUAUACAUUGUGGAAAGCAUGAUGGAUCUACGGACAGCUCUGACUGCCGCGGAGCCACGAACUGUCUAUGUCAAGGGAGAAAUCAAGGGCAAUCAAAUCAAUGAGUCCACGUACGGAGACUGUCAAUUGUACAUCGAUACGAGCAGCGUUCCACAGUACAACUUUACCCUGUACGUCAUGUCCUUGAACUCGACGUAUACAGAUUCCGUCAAGGCAGCUGUUGCUGCCAAUGAGACCUUUGAAGGACGAAAUGCUACCGAGUAUCUGGCGCUUCUCAACAAGCAGAAUGGAUGGCGCGGAACAGCGCAAAACGUUCAAAAGUCGUGGGAAUCCAUCGGCGUCGAGGGAAAUCUCACCUUGAUCGGCUGGGACUCGGAUGCAUUCCUCAAUGGUGUCUCCCUUGUCUUCAACGUCCAGUCCAACAUUAUCAUUCGCAACCUGCGCAUGGUCCCACCCCGAGACUGCUUUCCAGCUCCAGAGACAUAUCCAAACAGCUGGAAUGCGCGUUAUGAUGCCAUCAGCGUGGUGACCUCCAAUCUCAUGUGGAUCGAUGGCAACAUUUUCGAAGACGGUACAUCGGCUGUGGCUCCGGAAGAGUUCAUCUGGGGAUGGCAGGUUGACCGGUACGACGGUCUGGUUGAUGUCGAAGAUGGAACAGACAACAUGACCUUUUCUCACAAUAUUGUCGCCAACCACCAUAAAAGCCUCUUAUGGGGAGGAGGAGAAAAGGAAGGGCCCAGAGAUAUUGGCAAGAUGCAUUUUACAGUCUACGGCAAUCACUUUGUCAACUCUCUCAGCCGCAACCCUUUAAUGAGGUUUGGUACCUUUUACAUUACCAACAAUGUGUUUAGCAACUAUAACAACAAGGAACCGUUGUUUGACUCUACGUCGACCGCAUCAUUGCAUCGAAGGAAUGAUACUUAUACACCCGACUUUCAGUACAACAUGGGUAUCUAUAACAUGUCGUCCGUGCUUGUAUCGGGCAACUACUUUGAUCAGUCUGGUUCGGAUCCAGAUGAUCAGACUCGCAUCUUUACCUUUAACGACCUGGCCACGCCAGAACUUCCCGCUACCUUUUGCUCGCCGCCCGACUUGUCAGCCGACCAAGCCGCGCUCUAUCCGCAGCUGGGCAAUCUGACACAGCUUGCUUCGUCGUUCAAUGGCCAGCCUGUGAACCUGACAGACAAUGUCUUUCAGACAUUCGAGUAUUACAUCAACUCCAAGACGGACUCGGUCGCAGGCGGUCUCGUGGAAGGCUGUGCCAAUUUCGAGGCACAGGCUUUGCCUCAAACCUUCACAACUUCAGAUGAGGUAUUGGACUAUGUGACCAGUAAUGCCGGGCAGCUUGGUCGCACUACGCCUUGA